UGAUCGUGAUCGCGUAGAAGACGAUUGUUCUGUGGUGUACCCUUAUUGACCCUGCCGUUGGGUUGUUGUGUAGACGUCCGCAGACGCCAGCUUCAACCUCUUAACGGGGAUGAGAACGGAGAGUCCAUUAGUGAAAUCGAACCAAACGGUGGCGGUGUGCUAAUUUCGGAAACUGUUGAAAAGAAUUCCCGAUUCGUUCAUUAGCAUCGCUCUGCCAUCGGUAACGGGCACGGAACAGCAGAGAGAAGAAAGCUUUUUAUGCAAACAACAGUGCAGUGUUGUUGAAGCUUUCGCAGAAACGAACAGCUACCCUUAACACCAACCAGAAACAGGGAAUCAUCACCUUGCUGUUUUUUGUUUUUUUGCUGUGUGUCCAGUGAAGUGAGCCCGAAUAGUGAGAGGUUUGAGUGAGGAAAAAACAGGGAAACGAUAAGUGAAAAUCUAUACACCCCGGUGACAGUCAUUGUUUGUGUUUUUUCCCUCUUGUGGUGAUCAAUUCAUGCGGAAAUACUCAUUAUUUGCAUACGAUCACGCGUGUGUGCGUGUUUGUGCGUUGUGUGUGAAAGUGGUAGCUUAAUCUUGAGUGUGACGGAAAACUCCUUUAAGAAAAAACUGGUGGCGAAAGGAUCACAAUCACACACAGUUGAAGCGAAAACUCGUGCACCAUGGGAACGAAGAUCGAGUACGUUGACUCGAGCCACAUGUACGCGACGAACUACAUCCGCAACUCGAAGGCGAUCGCCGUUCUGUGGGCGAUCUUUAGCAUUUGCUACGCGAUCAUCAGCGUCGUCGCGUUCGUAACACCAGAAUGGGUUGGUGAUGCAGAUUCAGACAUCGGCGGACGACUCGGCCUGUGGCAAGUGUGUCAGAAAGAUGAUCUCACCGAUAGCUGUACCGGCCGGCUCGAGGAGCUACUAGAAAUGCAAUCCAUAGCGUUUCAGGUUGCAACCGUAUUUUGUGGUUUAGCCGUGGCCACCUCCGUGCUGGCGAUCUGCUGCCUCCUGCUGAUGGUGUUCAUGAAGUCAACGACCGUGUUUCAUAUUUGUGGCUGGAUGCAGAUGCUUUCCGCUCUCUGCAUGGUGAUUGCCUGCGUUUCGUUCCCGUUCGGAUGGAAUUCGGACGAGUUCCGUAAGGUUUGCGGCCCGGAGUCGAACCGUUUCGAAGUCGGGCUGUGCAGUUUGCGCUGGGCCUAUCCAUUGGCGAUUAUUGCUUGCAUCGAUGGCUUCAUUUUGGCGACACUAUCCUUCAUACUAGCGACACGACACGUCCGCUUGCAGCCGGAACCGCAAUACCAAAGCAGAGAAAUCAACAAUGCGUACGUGACGGAUGUGGCCAGUAUCGCUGGCUCGCGAAAGUCGCUCAAUCUACAACCCGUGCUGCUGGUGGCACCUCCACACAUCAUAUUCUAAACAUAGUAUAAAUAGCUCUUAAACUUUCCUACCCACAAAAUCACCCGACGGACAGAAUCAACCGUUUAAGCAGAGCCCCGGAGUGACUGUGUGUUUGCUUCCUCGCAGUGUGUAAAUGAUCGAGGCUCUCCGAAACACGAAUGUCCGGCUGGUCUGGGAAAACAUGAUGUACAGCGAAUGUGUAACCCCUAUGCCAAUUCUUGAUCGAUCAUCUUUCCAUCUUUGUUGUGUGCGUUUUACGUAGCUCGACGCCCCAUGCCGCAGGGUGGCAACGAAUUUUAGUGCAAGACAUCCCGAAGAUAUAGGAACCUCUAUUCGUGUAAGCUAUCCGGCUUUGUAGUAAGCCCCGAAAGUAGGUUAAUAAUUUUACAACGAGUAAAGUACAUAUUUAUUCAAGCUUUAACGAGUCGUUCACAAGAAGAAAAAGAAAAACUGAAACGAGCGAUUUAUUGUAUUUCUUACGAUGCUUUCGGAUGUGGAUUCAUUCUGAUUGUUUCUGACGGUCUGUCUAAAAGUAGGCUUCGGAGAACUGAUGUGGGUUUUUUAUUUGAAAUUUGUUCAACCUCCUUCAACGGCUAGCGUGAAUGUUAUUAGUUGUUAAUGCUUUAAGUUUUAAAACGUAUACAUACCACAAAUUGUGAACCGCUCCCUAUACAAGACAAUAAACGUUGGCUUUUACAAC